AUGAAAUUUGUAGAAUCGAGUUUGACAUUCUCGAAUGAAUUUAGAUUUGUGAUGAGAAGAGCAAGGUUUGGAGGAAUGGAAGAUGAUGUUGAAGAUGGAGUUGAUGCGAUCGCAGAAGAAGAGAGAUUUAUAGAUGGCAGUGAAGAUGCCAUUGAUUUAUCUUUCAAGAACAGUACUCGUAAGAGCUUGAAUGUUGCUGAUGUGUUCACCAAAGCUCUUCCUAUUAGCAGGUUUCUUUUUCUCAAGUCUAAGCUUCUAGUUGAUCUUCCCCCUAUCAGCUUGCGGGGGGCUGAUGACCAGUGUAGCUUAGACAGCUUAAACAAUGAUAAUGACAAGCUCACCAACAAAGAGUUAUGUAGAGAACAUCAUCAAAAUGGCCUCUACCAGUUUCUUUUUUCAUUUUCUUCUAAAGCUUUUUCUGGUACUAGUUCUCUUGUUACUAUUUGGCAUAAGAGAUUAGGGCAUCCUUAUUCUGAUGUGUUUCAUAUUAUUGCAAAUAAAAGUGGUUUGUUCUUUAGUCAUAAGGAUUGUAAUACCUUUUGUCAUUCUUACUGUGUGUCAAAGAGUCAUCGACUCCCUUUUGUACUGUCAACAAAUAAAACUCAUGCUCCUCUUACUCUGAUUCACUUAGAUGUUUGGGGCCCUUUCACUCAAGUGCAUGAUUCUUUUACUUACUAUGUUAUUUUUAUUGAUGAUUUUAGUAAUUUUACUUGGAUUUAUCCUCUUUCUUACAAAAGUGAAGUAUAUACUAAAUUCUUAGAAUUUAAAUCAUAUGUUGAAAAUCAAUUUUCAACCUCUCUCAAAAUUUUAAUAACUGAUGGGGGAGGUGAAUAUACUAGUGGUCUAUUUGAGGCUUUUCUUCGAACCUCUGGGAUUGUUCAUCAGCUUAGCUAUCCUCAUACUCCAUCACAAAAUGAAGUUAUUGAGAGAAAGUAUAGACGUCUUAUUGUGACAACAAUCACACUACUUGAUCAAUCAUCUGUGCCUCUAAAAUUUUGGUUUGAACCUUUUGCUACUACUAUCUAUCUGAUAAAUAGAAUGUCUUCUCCUGAACUGGGUAAUCUCAGCCCCUAUGAGGUGUUGUUCAAGAUGGUUCCAGACUAUGGUUUUCUCAAGGUUUUUGGCUGCAGAUGUUAUCUAUGGUUGAAGCCUUAUACUUCUCACAAAUUGCAACCAAGAUCCAAUGCUUGUGUCUUCAUUGGUUAUCAUCCAAGCUACAAGGGAUAUAGAUGUUUGGACCCUUUUUCUGGGAUAGUUUACAUAUCUAGACAUGUUGUGUUUGAUGAAAGUUCUUUUUCCUUUGCUCGUUCUGACUAUUCUUCACCACCUCUACUUUAUUCUAAAUCAGCCAUUAAGUCAUUCUUUUGGGAUACUUCUUAUUUUCCUGCUUCUCAGCUUCUACUUCCCUUCAUGAAGAAACAGAGUGAAGCCCUUGACAAUCUGUACAGAGCCAAGUUGAAGAAGAACUCUGCAAUCGACAUGAACCUUUUCGAGGCCAUUCGACAUGUUGGUGGAGUUGAGGUUUAUCCACAAGAGGGACUGAAGGAGAGAGAUAGAAUUGUGAGAUUGCCGAGGCAACUAAAUGUCGAGUUCACUCAGUAUGGAGGGUAUGUCACACUCAAUGAGUCGGCGGGUCGAGCUUUCUAUUAUUACUUCGUUGAAGCGAAUGGACAACAACAGUUUAAUCACUCAUUGCCUCUUCUUCUUUGGCUUAAUGGAGGCCCAGGUUGUUCUUCUCUUGCCUAUGGAGCAAUGCAAGAGCUUGGACCAUUCCGUGUCCAUAGUGAUGGCAAAACUCUCUACACAAAUAGAUUUGCAUGGAACAAAGCUGCAAAUGUAUUGUUCUUGGAGUCCCCAGCUGGAGUCGGGUUUUCAUACUCGAAUACAACAUCAGAUUAUGUGAGUGGGGGUGACAAAAGAACAGCUUCAGAUAAUUAUGUGUUCUUGUUGAAUUGGUUGGAGAGGUUUCCUGAGUACAAAACCAGGGAUUUUUACAUUGCUGGUGAAAGCUAUGCUGGCCAUUAUGUGCCUCAGCUUGCACAUACUAUCCUUCACUAUAACAAGGGCCCUAACAACACCUUUAUCAACCUAAAAGGGAUCAUUAUUGGGAAUGCAGUAAUAAAUGAUGAGACAGAUACGAAAGGAAUGUAUGAUUACUUUGCAAGCCAUGCUCUCAUUUCCGACCAAACUUCAUAUGAAAUCCAGAAAUACUGUGAUUUCUCACCCAAUGCCACCACUCAGUCCAAUGAAUGCGAUACUGCAACUACUGAAGCUAGCAAAGAUAUUGCCAAUAUUGAUAUCUAUAACAUCUAUGCUCCUUUAUGCACCUCUUUCAAUAUCACUCCAUUUCCCAAAAAGGCUUCUGUGUUGAAUGUUGAUCCAUGCAGUGAUUAUUAUGUGUAUGCUUAUUUGAAUCGUGCUGAUGUUCAAGAGGCCCUACAUGCCAAUGUAACCAAACUCAGUUAUGAUUGGGAACCAUGCAGUGAAGUAAUCAGACAUUGGGAAGAUAGUUCAUCAACAAUUAUUCCCCUCCUCCAAGAGUUCAUGGCAAAUGGACUUCGAGUGUGGGUAUUUAGUAAGGCUUACGGAACUUAUUAUACCUCUAAGGGUGAAUAUUUGUUGCAGGUGUUGAAUGUUGAUCCAUGCAGUGAUUAUUAUGUGUAUGCUUAUUUGAAUCGUGCUGAUGUUCAAGAGGCCCUACAUGCCAAUGUAACCAAACUCAGUUAUGAUUGGGAACCAUGCAGUGAAGUAAUCAGACAUUGGGAAGAUAGUUCAUCAACAAUUAUUCCCCUCCUCCAAGAGUUCAUGGAAAACGGACUUCGAGUGUGGGUAUUUAGCGGUGACAUAGAUGGAAGGAUACCAGUGACUUCAACCAAGUAUUCUAUUAAUAAGAUGAAGCUUCAUCUUAAGACUCCAUGGCAUCCUUGGUAUCUCAAUGGAGAGGUUGGUGGGUACACUGAAGUAUACAAGGGGGACUUAACAUUUGCAACAGUAAGAGGAGCAGGGCACCAGGUUCCAGGCUACCAGCCUGCAAGGGCACUUUCACUUAUUGUGCACUUCCUGGCUGGGACACCUCUCCCCAAUUCUACAACACUUCUUCAUUAACUAUUGCACCCUCUUCUUUUCUUCUUCUUCUUCUUCUUCUUCUUUUUUCUUUUUUUUUUUUUUUUUUUUCUAUUCUACUAUAAUCAACAUUGUUUUCUGCUUGUUCCAAGGCCUUUAUUUAUCCUUUUGUUUUUGUUUUUCAAUUAGAUUUUUGGUCUAAUUUUAGCAUUUGAUUAAGGUUUAGCACCAUUUUUCAUUUCAUUUCCAAUGGUAAUUUAUCAUUAUGUGGGAAAAUAAUUAAUGUCUAUUGUAUAAAACAAUUUAUAUUUUAUAAUAAUCAAUUUGUUGUUUACCUGCCA